AUUCCCGUAUGCGCGUGUGUGUGCAGAGGAGAGCGCGCGUACUCGAAUCUAUCUCUCGCUCUCCUCCGGUCUGGUCGCCGCCGCUGCUCCGAGAGAGGAGACUGUAUAGCCUCUCCGCGCGAGAGUGAGCCAGCCGCGCGUGGGUUACCUUUUAUGGCGAUCCGCCAGAGAUCUUGCCGUUUCUUUCGCGCGGUGAAUAGUGCUUACGCGCCGAGACGCUGCUGUGCUGGUGGCGAUGUCGCUGCUCUGUGAAAAGCUUCGCGACUGAGUUAUACACGCUGUUUGUGAUAGAAUUAAAGGGAAACACGAGAGAAGCGAGAGGAGACGAAACCGCGGACGCCCUGCGGAGCUGUAGAAAUUUCGGAGCGGACGAGUUACACACGUACCCGGCGAGAAUUGGACGAGACAGGAAUAAUGUGCAGCAUGGUCACUAACACAAGCAAGGAAAGAGAUGGUGGGCAGCUCGAGGUGGGGUUUAAUUCUAUUAUUACUAACAUGGAUAUCAUCCAGUGCAGCCCAAUAUUCGAAACCGACUGGUGCAAAUCCUUGCAUUGGCAAACAGUCGUGCCAUGACUGCAUACAAACACCAACUUGUGCUUGGUGUUCGAGGCCUAACUUCGAGUAUAAUCGAUGUUUCUCGCCAUAUCUCAGCAAAAAAAUCGAUGAAGCAUGUCCCGACGCAUUUAAUCCAGAUAACGUAUAUAUAAAAAGACGCGCGAAGGAGAUUUGGAAAGGAAAUUACACUGUCGGAACUGCAAUUGAGGAGCAUAUUGAAGUGUCAGCUGGUGGAUCACAUUCAUCAAGUGGAAGUUUUAACAUAAAUUCUUCAAGUGGAACUAAAACAUCUUCCGUCAUUGGAGGUAAAAAUGAAGCUGUACAACUUUACCCACAACACAUUGAGCUAAAACUUAGGAUAAAUGAAGCUCAGAAAAUUAAAAUUCAGUACGCACAGGCAGAAGAUUACCCUGUAGAUCUAUAUUACCUUAUGGACUUGAGUAAUUCAAUGAAGGAUGACAAACAAAAAUUAUCUGAUUUAGGACAGCUUCUUGUAGAGAGUAUGAAAAAUAUAACAAGCAACUUCGCGCUAGGAUUUGGUAGUUUUGUUGACAAAGUUGCUAUGCCUUACGUUAGCAUGUCAGGCGAUAAUCUCAAAUCGCCCUGUGAUGGUUGCGCAGCGCCAUACGGAUAUCGAAACCAUAUGCCCCUUUCACGAAAGCCUAAAGAAUUUGCGGAACAAGUACGCAAUGCUUCGGUAUCUGGAAAUUUAGAUGCCCCAGAAGGUGGCUUCGAUGCUAUAAUGCAAGCAAUCGUUUGUCGAGAUGAAAUCAACUGGAGAGAAAGAGCUCGGAAGCUCCUACUUUUUUCAACUGAUGCUGGAUUUCAUUUUGCUGGCGAUGGAAAACUUGGCGGUAUUGUCAAGCCUAACGACGGAUGUUGUCAUCUUGAUCAUAAUGGAUUGUAUACUCAUUCAACAUUACAAGAUUAUCCCAGUAUUUCACAGAUCAAUCUGAAAGUAAAGGAGAAUUCGGUAAAUAUUAUUUGGGCAGUGACCGAAGAACAGCUGAAAAUAUAUCAGUCCCUUACGAAUCAUAUCGAAGGAUCUUACGCUGCAAUGCUCAGCGAAGAUUCCAGUAAUAUUGUCGACUUAGUUCGUGAACAGUACAACGCUAUUUCGAGCACGGUUGAGCUGAAAGAUACAGCCAGCAAUUGGGUGAACAUUAACUAUUAUUCGAACUGUCUCGGAGGUGGUGAAAUGGUCGAAACAAAUAAAUGUGAAGGAGUCAAAGUAGGAAAUAAAAUCGAAUUUACUGCAGAAAUCAUAAUACCAGCUUGUCCAAAGGAUCGAUCAGAAUGGAAGCAAAAGUUCUUGAUUUACCCGGUUGGCAUAAACGAAUCGCUAACUGUGGACUUGGAAAUGAUCUGCGAUUGUGGAUGUGAAAAUCCUGAUUCUCCAAGCUAUAUUCCAAAUGCAUUCGAGUGCAACUACAACGGAGAUUUGAGCUGUGGCAUAUGCAUUUGCAAACCUGGCUUCUUUGGCAAAAAAUGCGAGUGCGGAGUAAACGACAAAGUUCAAACGGUUAAGAAUGAAUUCGUCUGCCGUCCUGAUAAUACAUCGACAGUGGAUUGUAGCGGUAGAGGUAUUUGCGAAUGUAACCAGUGCAACUGCUACCCCAGAGAAAAUCCUGAUGAGAUAGUCGAUGGUGAAUUCUGCGAAUGCGACAACUUCUCGUGCGAUCGUCGAAAUAAAACGCUGUGUUCUGGUCACGGUAAAUGCAACUGUGGUCACUGCGAAUGCAAUCCAAAUUGGACCGGGCCUGCUUGCGACUGCAAUACCGAUAAAACGCCUUGCAUCAAAUUUGGACUAGAAUGUUCUGGACACGGAACCUGCGAGUGCGGCAAAUGUAAAUGCCAUGCAGAAGGAGAAACUAUUUAUAAGGGAACGCAUUGCCAAAUUUGUACGAACUGUCCAAAUCGCUGCGAGGAACUGAAGCCUUGCGUUUUGUGCACAGUCUUUAAGGCUGGCAAUCUGACGGAAGCUGAGUGCAACAGUACAUGCGACGAAUAUGACAUACAAAUCGUGGAGACGUUGGAAAUCAAUGCUGACGAAGACGAAACGGGUUGCUGGGGCUACGACGAGCAGGACUGCAAAUACUAUUUUGGUUACUUGUUCAAUAUGACCACCCACAAAUUGCAAGUAAAAGUACAAGAGGCUCGCGAGUGUCCACCUCAGGUCUAUGUACUGGGAAUAGUGCUUGGUGUAAUCGCGGCUGUCGUACUCGUGGGAUUGGCGUUACUGCUUGUUUGGAAGGUAGCGACGUCGAUUCACGAUAGAAGAGAAUUUGCGAGGUUCGAAAAGGAGAGAAUGAUGGCCAGAUGGGAUGCUAGUGAAAAUCCAAUCUACAGACAAGCUACUUCAACUUUCAAAAAUCCAACAUACACAGCAAGUGGAGCACACAUGUCAAUGCACAAGUGAAGGAAGAUGAGAGUGCCUUCCAUUUUAAAAGAUUAAUAUAAUUUUAGAAAAACCUUAAAAAGUGAUACUUAAGGCAGCUCAGAAAAGUUUAACUCACUAAGAAAAUAUUUCUAUUCUCUAUAUAAGAGUUAACCAGGGUAUAAUUUAUUAUUAGAGACUGAAAAUAUUUAAAGUAUAUUAAAAAUACUGCCAUAAUACUUAGACUGCAACGGGUGGUGAAGUUCACAUUUCAAUUAUGUGUACAUACCAGUGACAAGUCAUACUCGUGAAGCAAGUUGACAAGACCGAAAUCUUUGUUAUUCAACAAAACGCUCGCAGAUGCACAGUAAAUUUCUAUAUCGUUUUGUUACUUUGUUUUUAUAAAAAAAGUUUGUAUGCAUAUACAAAUUAGAAAAAUUUUAAUAGUUGUUAAAUCUCUAAAGAUUAAGUUCUACUUAUAGUCGAAUGUUGAAUGUGAAGAGAAAAUAUUAUUUACUGUGUAGCUUGCUGUUAAAGUGCCUUUAGCAUUCAAGCUUGAAAAUUGUUUCCUAUUAUAGGACUAUUGAUAAGGUAAUGUGGAGCAAUUAAUCAAAGAUUUUUCGACAUUACUUUCUUUAAAAGAAUAAUUAACUGCACACAUGCAUAGAGUAGAAUUCAUACAUUUCGCCAUAUGCAUUCAACUGGAACACUAAUGACAUGUACGAUUAUUGAAAAAAAUGCUCAUGCUCAAAUCUUUGAUAAACCAUGUAGAUUCUAACUGGUCUACUAUAUAGUGUUUGUAUAAGUACUUCUUUUACCAUUAACAUUAUGAGAUUUUUGAAGCUAUUAUUUUUUUAACCGUCCAAGUCUGCAACUGCGGAAAGAAUUCGCAUUUGCCUAAAAUAAAAAUUUUUAUAAUGGAUUUUUACAGCAAAAAAUAUAAUAGCAUACAUUUUAUACAUUUUUCUGUAACUGCAAGCAUGAAAAAUAAAAUACUACGCUAGCUCUUUUAUAAUAAUAUUAAUAAUGAAAGAUAAUGAUAUAACUACAUUUGUUUUUAUUAUUCUUUUAAAAUUUGCCUUAUUUCUCUUAUUUAUAUUAUAACAAUGAUCAGCUUUUAUUUUAUUAUUCAUAUAUUCAUUUUUGUAUUUAUAAACUGUUAGUUAUUCCUAAAAUAUUAUUUAAAAUCCACGCUAGUACUUAUCGUCAAUAUAACUCUUAGGUAUUAUAAGCGUUAUUUGUACCUUGAUCGCCUUUAUAGUAACAAUACUCAAUAUCGAACUGUAUUUAAUUAGUUUAUAUUCGAGAUUUGAGUAGUAAAAUGCAAUGUAAAUUAAAAAAAUAACAUGAUUGUAAAUAAAUAUAGUCGUUAUCAUAA